UGUAUAUCUCACAAUGUUAUCUUACAAACACAAAACACACAUUAUCAAAUUUUAAGAGAAGAAACAAAAGUCUUGAGAUCAGCAUUUUAUUAAUUCAAACAAAUUACAAGGAGAAUGAGAACCUUGGUGAAGAAGCUACUAUGGUGCGGAGCGAAGAACAUUUCAUCUUCGAGAACAUCGGCAUUACCAGAAGAAGGAAGAGUUCGGGUUUACGUAGGUAAAGAUAAAGAGAGUCAAUGCAAGCUAGAAGUUGAAGCUAAUUUGCUAAACCACCCAAUGUUGGAAGAUCUAUUGAGGUUGUCUGAGGAAGAAUUCGGACACUCGUACGAAGGAGCCUUGAGGAUUGCUUGCGAGAUUGAUGUCUUCAUCAAACUGGUUAAUCUACACAAAACAACUAAUCAUCAUAACAAUUCCGUUUGCUUUCACAAUAAUUCCACAAAAUUAUUGUAGAUUUUAUUAUUAUCUCACUUAUUUUUCAUCAUUCUUUAAUUUAAAAAGGAAGAAAAAAAUGGACGAAGUUCGUUUCCUUUACUUAUUUAUUUAUUUACAUAGUCGAAUGCCAAUGGACAUUUGUAUUCCGAAUACAGUAUUCGUAAUGACUUUAUCAAAUCA